AUGGAUUAUAUUUUGUUGUGGUAUCGAAGCACCUCACGGGACAAGCUUAGGGUCAGACGUGCCCAAGGCAGCUCAGGAUUAUCCAUUCUAGCCUCAAACGGUCUUGUAGACUACGCGGUCUCUAGUUCUGCGGUCAACUGUCACUGUAAAGAGCUUUUGUACUUGUGGUAUUAUAAUUCUAUCUUUUUAAAUCUUGCGAUACAUGUUAAACCUAUGAAUGCUCGGGAGCAAUCCUACAAUCUAGGCUCGCGUGCUCCGCGGGAAAGAUCUACUUUAUUUACCAAGGUCGAUUGA